UGAUCGUGCAAGUUGAAGUAGGAAAAGAAGGGUCUGGAAAGAAAACGAAUCACAAAACCAUACAACACUUUGAGGCCAAAAAAAGCUCUCAAAAUAAUCACUUCUUGCUCAUUCCACGUUUUGGUCUAUAAUUGGUGAAGGUUUUGCCAGGCUCCACUUUUUUCUUAUGAAACUUAAAAUGGGAAAGUUUUGAAAUCCCAUUUCAUAAUCCAGAGAUGCCAAAAAGUUGCAGCAGUCGCGCCGGCUUUGUAUUUCUUUGACUGAAAAGGCUUGCUAUAUAAACAUGAAAUUGGAUCAAGCAUUUGAGUGUAUCACUAGUGAUGGAUAGAAGAUCUGCGGGGAAUGUCAAACAUCUACAUGUUUGAGUGAGUGCUUUUGCUCUGUGGCAUAAUCUUAAAAGCAGGCUGUUGUGCAAUCCAAGUUCAGUAGUGCUAGGGAUGCAGAAGUGGCUUGGUAGCUAUUAACAAGACACCAGAAGCAUCGAUGUUACUGCUAUUGUGAAGUGUACAGAAUACAGUCCUUGUUAAAUGUUUGAAGAUAAUACGUGGGACGAAUUCGAUGAGAAUCAUGAUCUCAUAGUCCCCCAUUCUGGAAGCCAACACAAUAAUCUGUUUGUAAUUGAGGGUGAUGGCUGUAAGAAAUCACAUCACGACUUACGUGGUUUAGAAAGUAGUGGUUAUGUUAGUAGCUAUGGUACUCUGGGUAAAGAUGAAUUAUACUUGCAAAAUAUGACCCAGAAUGAAAGAAUGCCAGAAAAGGAUUCAUGGUCUGACACACCUGAAGGUGUAUUUUCUUCAUGUGAUGGUGACUCAUACAGAGAAGCAAAAGGGCUAAUUUCAGAUCAUACAGGCAUGUCUGAUCACUGUUUCAAGAACGGCAAUAUAGAUUCUGGUGGUAGCAAGCUUUGUGCAGAUGAUACCAUCUUGGAAGAAAAGUGUGGGGUGGAAGAUGAUGGGGCAUGUCAACAUCCAAAAAAUCACAUAUCUGAAGCUGAUAAUGAACUCAGUUUUCUUGAUAAUGACGGGUGGCUGGAUAUAGGAAACUUAGAAGAUGUUGACAGGAUGUUAAGUUGUGAUUUAACAUUUGGAAUGCGGAGUCUCAAUAAUGAAGAGGAGUUCUGCUGGUUUUCUUCUUCACACAGUGCGGAAGGUUCAGAUGAUGCAUUAAUGUCCGACUUAAAGCUUCAUUGUGCCGACAUGAGUCCAUUGAAAAAUAUAUCUGAAUACAAUAUGGAUUCAUCCAAGGACAACAUUGAAGUUCUUCCGAUCAAUGAUUCAAACAAAAAGUCAUCCCCCGGUGAUAAGACAAGAUCUCAAAUGGAUGUGGAUGACAAUGGUGUCCCUGCUUCGUUAUCAAUGUUCAAUGAAUCAGAUAAAAAAUCUGGUGAUAAAGAUGCCUUGGUGUCCAAAGAAAAGAAGAAGCUUCCAAAGUCAUCUGCAGGAAAGCGAAAAAAUGGCAAUUCUAUUCAUCGUUAUACUCCUCCUGAGCAAUAUGCAGAUAUACAUCAGCAGUUUGGAGCCUCUUCUAGUGGAGUUACUUCUCUUGAUAGUAAUCAGAAGCAUAAGCAGAACACAGAUUAUGAUUCUUUAGGCUGCAUACUAACACAAAUUCCUUUAGCGCACCUAGACUUUAGUCAUGCUCCAAAUCACACUUCCGUCUCUUCAAAUUUCUCUGGACCAAGAGCGGACCAUGAUGUAUACAUGUCUCCUUCUCUUAUAGAAUCAUCUUAUGCUUCAAACAUGGAUUGUUCUCAUAGUCAUUCUUUGAUGGCUGCUGCCUUGAAAACAAAUGAGAAUAGGGAAAAGUAUCAUAGCCAUGGCAACCUCUUAAAUACGAGUUACAAAAACGAAAGAAGGGCAAAUGAAAUGCCAUUUCACAGUCCAAGUUCUUCUCAGCAGGUAGCUCAUCAAUUUGAAAAUGAAAAUGAAGGUCAUAGUAAAGUUCGAGGGGUUAGUCUAGGAUUUUCAUCAAAAAUAGACUCAUCAACUGUACAGGAAAGCUCACCCAUAAGCUCGGCUCUUGACCAAAACUUGCUCAAAGCAAAUAGCUUUUGCAACUUGCAACAAGUGUUGGAACAGUUGGAUAUUAAAACCAAACUGUGCAUAAGGGACAGUUUAUACCGCUUAGCUAAGAGUGCUGAGCAAAGAGAUAAUAAUUCAAACUCAAAUGGUUGCAUUGGAGAUGGCACUGCAGCAUGCAAAGACACAAUGACACGGGAUGCAAGCAGGUGUACAGGGUUAAUGGAUAUCGAAACCAACACAAAUCCAAUUGAUCGGUCUAUAGCACACUUAUUGUUUCACAGGCCCUCACAUCCAUCAACGCUGCUUCAAAACGAUAUUGCACCUUUCAAAUCCAGUGCCAUGAUACAUGAAUCAACUAUCAAUCCAUCAGUAAAGGCUGAGAAACAGGUCUGUCAGGAAGAUUCUUCUACCGAUGUAGAGAAAAAGCUUUUAGGGGGACGUUUCUCAGGAAACCUCUCAAUGCAUCUCAUUGCUAUCUGCAACAACCUUAACAUCCCAGGAAGAGCACUCUUUUGACAAGAUAUUUCUUUGUCAAAUAUCUCAGCAGUCCAUUCUUCUCUCACAGCUCUAUUAACCCAACUACAAAGAUCCACACCAUUAGUCCCUUGUGGAGCUGAGCACAUAGAAACUUUCCCUGUUAGAAUUUCUAUUAAAAGUGAUCCAUAGCUCCAAACAUCUGAUUGCAUUGUAACUUUUCUUGCAGAUCCAUAUUCAGGUGAUUUGUAAACAACCAUAUGUUGAGCUGCAAUUGGUUGUGCUAUUAAGGACGCAAGACUAAAGUCAGAUACAAGAACUGAAUCUUUUUCAUCAAAUAGAACGUUUGAAGACUUUAGAUUUCCAUGAGGGACAAUGUUAUGGAUCUUGUUGUUGAUGUGAAGGUACUCUAAUGCUCUAGCCACACCUCUUGCUACUAAUAAUCUUGAGUUCCAAUUGAAUGGAACCCUGUUUCCAUCUCUUCCAUCUGAUAAAGUCAUGCACAUUUUGGUUAAUUACCAUAUUGUUGUGAGACAAAAAUCAGUUUGUAACCAUACUUCUAUUGUCAUAAAUUUGGAAUUUAAAUUGGAAAAAACCUAUGAUAAGAAUAUUUAAUAUUUUAACAUUCAAGUAUUCUUUAUAUUUUGAUCUAGGGGCUUCGAAGGCAGAGAAGUGUCACGGUCACAUUUAAUCUAUAGCAGACCAAUGCUAGAACAUUAUUUAAAACCAUAAUAAUGACCGGUGUUGCUACUCAUAAGUAGAAAGCUUAUGGUAUUAUUCGUCCUCACAACCGAGACUCACAAUUGUGAGACCGUGACUCGUUAGUUCAACAAAAGAUAAGAAAAAUAAAUAUUAGUGCCUCAAAACUUAACUUAUAUGAGUUUUCUCAUUUUUCUUGAAUUAACACCUAUCAGGUCACUAUCUCAACUAUAAGGACGUAGAUGACCCAAAAAAGGUGAUGACGUUUAUCAUCGUCAAAGUUUGAUUGAACAAUUUUCAAACAUCGAUCCACCAUAUACCAUAUGUGGCACAAUAUAAAUGAUACCAUUUCAAGAAAAAUUAUAUCAAGGUACAAUUCAGAAUAAAAAAGACCAAGUUGAUGUAAAUUACCAUGAAGUCUAGAGAAAAGAUUUCCAUUCUGAGCAUAUCUAUAGAGCAUCAACUUCUCAUCUCUUGAAUGGUAAUAAGCAAGCAAAGGCAACAAAUUAGGAUGUUUAAGAUCAGCAAUAAUUUUCACUAUCUUUGCAAAUUCUUCCUUAGUAAAUGGUUUCAAGUCCCUUAACCUCUUCACAACAAUAUUAUGUCCAUUAUUCAACAUAGCCUUAUAACUAUUCCCCAUAAUUCCAUGUCCUAAUGCUUCAGCAGAAGCUCUAAGAAGUUCUCCCAUUUGAAAAUUUGUCUCAUCAUUGAAAAACAUUAACUCCUUUCUCUCUUCUACUGUCAUCAUUGUUGUCCCUUCUCCUAUCUCAACUCUCUUCACAUUAAUACUUGUUUCAACAUCUUUCUCUUGUUCAUGAGAUGUGUAAAUGUGUCCCUUCACUAUUCUAUUGAGUUUUUUUGAUGUGUUGUAGUAAAGAAUCAAUAGCAAUAUAAUUGCUAAAAGAAGAACCACAUUGAGAAUUAAUAAUAAAAGGUUGGAAUUGCUAUUGGUUUUAUUAUCUGAAGAAUUAUUUUGUACAUCAUUGGUGUUCCCUUUAGGUUCUUCUUGAGCAAUAGUAAGAACUGAAAAAGUAAUAAGUUGAAGAACAAAAAGGGAAAACCCCAUUGUGAAGUUACUAGUUGAAGAUUUUAGGAAUGGAAAUUAAUCAUGAGACUAAUUUCUAAUCUUGAAUUAAUGUACCUAAUUAAGUUAUUCCUAUAGUUGAAGGCAAUAACAAGGGCAUAAACAUAUUGAUAUUCUUUUGACAAUAUCAAGAGAUAUAUUAUAUGAUGUCAUUUACUACAUUGUUUGAUACAAAAACAACCUUGGACAUGUCGUGUAAAGCUGUAUAUGAACUUGAAAAUGGUUGGAUUUUUGUUGCUAUGUUUUUCAAUCUGGACGGCUAAUAUUGUCCUAGUGUGGAAUACGUACUGCCAAAUUAUAUUAAUAUGAUGCUGUUCCCACGUG